AUGACCAAAACCGCCACAGCAAGACACUGUCUGGCUUUGCCAACCUGGAGAGAUGUCACAGCUCAACGCCAAUCUGAGAAAGAGAGGGUUAUAAAGGAGUGGUCAGAGCGGAUACUAGGGACUCCAAUUCCUCUCAUGCCUCACUUAACAGUCACAAACGUGGUGGAAUGGCCUUACAAGAGUGGUCAGCUGAGUGCUCGACAAAUCGAAAUCACGGAUUCUGAACCAAGCCAGCUAUUGAAGAUGUUGGCCUCUGGGACUUGGACGGCACAGGAGGUUCUUCUGGCCUUUAUCGGCCGGUGCAUCAUUGCCCACCAUCUUACCAAUCCACUGACCGAUCCCAUGUUUGACCAAGGUUUCCGCCGAGCUGUAGAGCUCGAUGAUUAUCAUCGUAGAACAGGCAAGACUGUUGGGCCGUUUCACGGGUUGCCAAUAAGUUUGAAAGAUGUUUUCAACAUCCAAGGGAUGCCGACGACUCUUGGCUUUGUUGCCCGAGCAAAUGCACACCCCUUACACUCUGACGAGUUGGUCAAUCGACUCUCAGCGGCUGGAGCUAUAUUUUAUUGCAAGACGAAUAUUCCCCAGUCUCUUAUGUCUGGCGAAUGCCAUAAUUUCCUCUUCGGACGGACAUCGAUGCCGUAUAACACUACCUUGUCCGCAGGAGGGUCAAGCGGGGGUGAAGGCUCCCUCAUAGCGCUUGGAGGCAGUCCUCUAGGAAUUGGAAGUGACAUUGCUGGAUCGAUUCGCACGCCAGCAAACUUCAAUGGCACAUACGGCCUAUGCCCCACGAGUGGUCGAUUCCCUCUUCAUGACGCCGAGCAGUCAAACGCUGGGUAUCUUAUCAAUGGUGUUGCAGGACCAUUGUCAAAAAGCAUUGACGGGCUGGAAGUGUACGCAAGAAUAUUGCUAUCUCUGAAGCCAUGGGAGUGGGAUUCUGCAUGCGAGAGACUUCCCUGGGAUGAACAAGUAUAUCAAGAAACCCUGCUCGUUGGACUGAGCGGGAAACAACAGCUCUGUAUUGGCUUCGUUGCAAAUGACGGGAUAACCACCCCGCAUCCCCCUAUUCAGCGAGGAAUGAGAGAAACUAGGGCUGCUCUGGAAAAGGCUGGAGUUCAAGUAGUGGAUGUCCAGCUGUUCGACGGAACGGAAGGCAUGUGGGAAAUGAUGACACGUAUUUUCAAUGCAGAUGGGGGGACGGCAUUCAGAGAAGAGAUUGCCAAGUCUGGAGAACCCAUAUCCCAGGAGAUUGAGCUCGCCAACCCACAGGAUGCAAUGAGUGUACGCCAACUUCUUGAUCACGGGAAGAAGAUCCUGAAAAUUCGUCAACAUAUACUCAAUAGGUGGCAGAGAACAUCAUCCUUGACCGCAACAGGGCGGCCGGUAGAUGUAUUCGUCCUACCUUCAGGGUGCCAUGUUGCCCCUCCACAUGGAACCAUGAAGUACUGGCUCUAUGAGGCCAUUUCCAAUAUCCUAGAUUGGACAUGUGCGACAAUUCCUGUUGGGCAUGUUGACCUUCUCAAAGACCGAAAGCCCAGCAAUGGCGGGGACUUUAAGCCUCUGUCGAGUUUCGAUCACGAUAAUUGGAAUCUAUGUAAGUGA